AUGCGCAACCGAUUUGUUCGCAUCUCAUUUUCCUUGGCGCUCCUGAUAGCAGCCUUUUUGGCAGCGAAUGCUGGCAGUGCUACCAAUGCCGAUAAUGAAGCGACCGACUACAGCAGCCACCGCUACAAAUAUCUUGAAAUGCUAAAGGAGGCGGAUUUGAAGCAAAUGCUGCACGAGAAGGGGGAGGCUUUCCAUCACCUGCGGUCGAAGCGGGAACUUAUUCUCGCCGUUUUGAAACUCGAAAAGCGUGAGGAGGCACUCCGCAAGGCUCGGGUAACGGAUACCGUGCAACAUGAGGUGCGUGUGGAGUACUGCUCCGGAUGA